AUGUCUCCUGGGGGUGGAGACCUGAUUCACAUGCUUCACCUGAACCAAACUGACCUUAAUGAACUACCUGACACCGUAAAGGGCAACAGCUCUUGGUGUUAUCACAAGCCUUCAUGUAGUGACGUCGCAUGGCCCAUAAUUGCAGAAAAAGACUGUAAUGGCACUCAACAGUCUCCAAUAAACAUCAUAUCCGCCAAUGUCCGAGCUAAUGCUAAUCUGACCCCUUUCAACUUCACUGGCUACGAUGACAAAGCGACCUUGACUGAGAUUAAAAACACUGGCAAGACAAUUAAAGUUACACUUGAUCGCAAGAGAAUGCAUGUGGAAGGAGGUGAUCUGCCAGGCUUGUUUGCCAGUAAGCAUUUUCAUCUCCACUGGGGUAACGGCAGCGCCAUGCUUGGAUCUGAACACACUGUGGAUGGCAAACAAUACCCUAUGGAGUUGCACAUAGUGAAUAAGUUUGAACAUAAUGGGUCAACUAUAUUGGCUGCUCUUGGUUUCUUCAUUGAGGCCACUGAUGACACUGGUAAACCAGAGAGCUGGAAGACCUUGACAUCUUACCUAGCAAACAUCGCCAAUGCAGGUGAUAAAGCAUGCAUCACUGAAUAUAUCUCUAUGGAUGAUCUGCUUCCUGGAGUGGACAGGAUGAAAUAUUACCGUUAUCUUGGGUCUUUGACUACACCAAACUGCAAAGAAGGUGUUGUGUGGACCAUCUUUAAAGACCCGGUCAAGGUCAGCCAGGAUUUGAUUGACCUAUUUAGCACCAGCGUUUACAUCAACAAGGCGACCAACUCUCCCCUAAUGGUGGACACGUUCAGGGGUGUACAGCCAGUCAAUGGCAGGAUCAUAACGUCACAGGUGGCCGGUACCACAGCUACUGAUCCUCUAUCCCACGCGGCAUCAUACGUGGACGUUCUAGACUUCUCUUAUGAGUGUCAUACCCCUGAACCUUAUCCUGCAUUUGAUUUCUCAAGUGAUGAAUUCUGGUAG